UUAAACCGGAUACUAGUCUACAGCUCCAGUAAGGACGAUCGAUCGUCGUCAGUGGACAGUAGGACUCAUUCAAACUGACAUCGACAUGUACUGAAACUAGCGGCGAAGACUACAGACCAUUGACCCCGGUUGGCAGUUCAUGGCCAUGAGUAGUAGUAAUAGUUGCCUUACUCCUCCCACCAUACCCACACAACCAAAGGGGCAGAGAAAGAAGCUCCACUCAGAAAUCCAGCAAAUCACCCAUGCCAGGUCUGAUCUGGUUGUGUGUGCUCUUGAUCGUCUCUUUCCAUGAUGAUGGUGUUGCUGUUGCUGGCGUCGGGGAGUUCAUCUACAAUGGGUUCACCGGCAGCAACCUCCGCCUCGACGGUGCGGCUUCCAUUGCGCAAGAUGGAGUCCUCACUCUAACGACGAGCAGCCAUGACAUCCAGGGCCAUGGCUUCCAUCAUGAAGCUCUUCCAUUCGUCCCUCUUCCAUUCGUCCGUUCCCAUGGCGUUGCCAUGUAUUUCUCAUCCACUUUCGUGUUCACCAUCACACCAAACAACUCUGGUCAUUCCGGGGAAGGGAUGGCGUUCGUCAUCUCCUUGGCCCCGCCUCUUGCUGCCUUGCCAGGGCGAUACUUGGGCCUUUCCGAUCCUUAUUAUGAUGACACAAACCGUUUCUUUGCCAUAGAGCUCGACACUGUCACCGACCCGGAGUUCAAAGAUAUAGACGACAACCAUGUCGGGAUUGAUCUCAACAACCUGACGUCCACCUUCUUUUCAACAGCAGGCUACUAUAGUGGCGACGUUGAGGACUAUGAGGACUCUGAGGUGCAAACGUUUGAUCCAUUGAGGCUUUCUAGCGGAAAUCCGAUGCAGGUUUGGGUGGACUAUGACGGCGCGUCAAUGCAGCUCGACAUCAGGCUUGCUCUUGUCCCCAUGUAUAAGCCCUAUUCGCCGCUGCUGUCUUACACCGUUGACCUCGCCACGUUGCUGAGGGAUGAUUCCAAGUCGAAGGCAGGGGUUCCCACCAUGGCAUAUGUCGGCUUCUCUGCUGCCACGGGCGAUAAGCGUUGCGGGACUCAUCAAAUUCUUGGGUGGAGCUUCAACAUGCUUGGGCCGGCCAAACCACUUAAUUACUCGGCGUUGCCAUUAAAGCAGCUCCGAGUUAAUGCUACACAAGAAGCCAGUUACUACAAGGGAAAGGUCGUCAAAUGGUUGCCUGCAGCAGCAUCUUCGCUUGCUGUUCUUGCAGGCUUAACAGCUUGCCUUCUCCUUCGAUGGUGGUGCAAGAUCAGGAACUCACGGUGGGAUGAAGACUGGGAGGCCGAGCUCGGUCCCCGCCGCUUCGCUUACAAGGACCUCUGUAGAGCAACCAAUGGCUUCCGUGACAUGCAACUCCUUGGGAAAGGUGGCUUUGGGCGGGUCUACGGAGGGGUCCUCGCCUGCUCCAGCGUGCGGGUGGCGGUGAAACGGAUCUCCUCGGAGUCAAGGCAGGGGCUGACCCAAUUCACAGCGGAGAUCAUGAUCCUUGGCCGCCUACGACACCGGAACCUCGUUCGCUUGAUCGGCUAUUGCCGGCACAAAGACGAGCUUCUCCUGGUCUACGAGUACAUGCCCAAUGGCAGCCUGGACAGGUACCUACACACCCACAAUAGGCACACGGUGCUCUCCUGGCCUCAGAGGCUUCACAUCAUCAAAGGUGUUGCAUCCGGGCUUCUGUACCUCCACGAGGACUGGGAGCAGGUCAUCUUACACCGUGACGUCAAGGCCAGCAACGUCCUUCUCGACGGGGAGAUGAAUGGCCGGCUGGGUGACUUCGGCCUUGCGAGGCUGCACGACCACGGCGCCGAUGCGCAUACCACGCAUGUGGCCGGCACGAGGGGCUACCUCGCCCCCGAGUUGAUGAGGUUCGGUAAAGCGACAAAGGCCACAGAUGUGUUCGCCUUUGGCGCUUUCAUUCUGGAGGUGGCCUGCGGGAGGUGGCCGAUGGGGCUCAACGCCCGUGGCGAGCUCUUGGUGCUCGUCCAGUGGGUGCACGACGUGUGGGCGAGCGGCUCCGGCGCUGGUUUGAUCGUCGACAGCUUGGAUCCAAGACUGGUCGACUAUGUCGCUAACGAGGCGGAGCUGGUGCUCAAACUUGGGUUGUUGUGCUCACACCCUUUACCCGCGGCGAGACCUGGAAUGCGCCUCGUCAUGCGGUACCUCGACGGGGACUUACCUUUGCCUGAGUUCUCUCCUGGGUAUCUCAGCAUUAUUGAUGUCGACCAGGUUCUUGAUGAAGUGACUCCCUCCGUGGCGAACAGCAUUACAGGUCUGUCUGGAGGUAGAUGAUACAUUGAGGAUGGUUGAUUUAUUAUUUCUGAUUGGUGUUAAGUUUACAAGGACAAUAUAUAUGGGAGAAAAACCCUGGGCAUGUGGACUUUGAGUGAUGAAAAUGUGUGCGCGCCUACUGAAAAAAACUGGGCAAUUUGCAGUCAGAUCCUAGUCGAAAUUGGUAGCAUGCAUGUUCAAAAACGCUCCUAGCUCCAACAAAAGCAGAUAAAUGGACAUAAUGACAGAAAUUGUUGGGCCACUCAUGUAUGUAUAGAUCUCCAGCAAAGCAGAUAACAUGGAUCAAUUACAAGUCAAGUGCUUUCAAGUCACUCAUGUACAUGUCUGCUACUGUGACCAUGUAAAUAUGUAAAAUGAUUUUUGCUGCUCA